UCAGCGGUAAUUCAAGUUAUCAAUAAUGGGCAGUUUAUAUAAUUUGAGGUCUCAAAACAUAUUAUUUACUGCUGAUACUUCGAAGAUCGAGUCGGCAAAGAUGAGAUUACUAACAACAAUAACACUAUGCCUUCUAAUUGGACUGGCUGUAGCUGCUCCUAGACAUCAUAAAAGCAAAGAGAGUAAAGAAAGUAAAGAAAGUAAAGAAAGUAAAGAAAGCAAAGAAAGCAAAGAAAGUGGGGAAUCAGAUCACAUUGUUAUCACCAAAGAAUUCUUCCCUGAUGAGUUUGUUGUUUACAGAGCUAAAUACGACAUCGUGAACAUCCUAGUUCCCAUCAAUUCUUUUAAUCUGGGUGAUGACGAUGAAGAUGAUGAUACGAAUGAUGAUGAUGGAAUGACAGUAUUCUUCGUCGAAGCGGACACAGAUAAAUCUGGUAACAGAAUCGACAAAGGUCUGUACGUACUUAAAGAUGGUAAGGUAAAGAAACUUCUAGAAAAUGGUAGAGAUGCAGCGGCAUCUAGCGAUGAUAGUAAAGAUGUUUUCUUCGCAGCUAAAGAUGGUAUUUACGUGUAUAAUAAAAAUGAUAGUACAGCUGUUAAUUACGGAUCAGUAACCGAUAGUAUUAUCGGUAUUGCUAAAGAAAAUGCAAGCGAUGUGAUCUAUGUAUUAACUGAAAAUCAUGAUUUAUUUAAAGUGACUGAAGCUGGUGAGAAGAAAGAGAGAGUUAACGAGGUUGUAGGAGCAAGAGAAAUAGUUUUGGAUAAUUCUAACAAUUUGUAUUACUACGGUGAAGAUAAGAAGCCGUUUGUUUUUAACGGUGAAGAUGUUAAAGAAAUCACAGGUUUGCCUCAACAUCCUGAUACAGUCCGUCUAGCAAAACCACCAUUUAUUCUCGAAGAUUCAGUACCAUUUGUGACUGAUAAUGACCUUUAUUUCAUUUACGCGAAUGGAACAAGUGAGAAAUCCGAUUUCGAAUUUAAAUCUGACGCAAAACCAACAGCAUAUGGUAUGGAAGCGGCUUUAAUACAAUACUACGGUUAUAAUAAAAAUAUUUACGAAUACAACCUCUUAGCUAUGCUUCUAUCAGAGGUUAUUGAUGAAUUGAAAGAAUUUUUAGAAGUCAAAUCGGAUGCCAUUCGUUCGAUGUCGACUAAAUCACGAAGCCGUUUGCAUACCUCCAAAUAACUGGCCAAAUAAUUACAGCGGGCGCAUUUGACUAAACAAUCGAAUAAGUUGUGCGAUUGUCGAUUGUUUCGCAGCCUUCAACUGUUUAGUUGCACUAAAAAUC